UCACGUGGUCCACUAUUCUUAUAGAGACAUCCGCCCUUGGCGCGACAGUGCCCUGAGAACGCGACCAGUUCCCAAUUUUUCCUUCUAUGCAGGUCGUGUGCAAUCUGUUUUAUUAGAGUUACGUGCCUUGUCUAGUUCCACUUUUGGUCAAUCCUUUUCCGAGAACGUCAAUCGUCUGCUAGUGCAGCAGUCGAGUUCGAAGUGAAAGGCUUAUCAGAAACAUUCUUAGAGAAGUUUUCUUCAGUUACUAAACUAGAGUAGCUGGCCCAACCCGCGACCCCUUGUCUCUGUACCCUCUGUUAUUAAUAAUAAGAUGAUUGUUUUCAUCAUAAUUUGAUAAAGAAAUGAUUUUACUAACCUUUAAAUGGUGUACUAACAACUUUCUUGCACCUGUCAUAUCUGUGCGCGCAUGGUCGCGCCCUGUUCCGUAUGCGGUCGCGCCAAGGGCAGAGCAUUAACAUGUUAAAAUGCGAAAUCUGCGAAUGACGUUUUGGAAUGAUUGACGAUAUUACAGUAAAUCGGAAGUUGACACACUGAUGCGGCCCUGAACAUGGAUUGCCUGACCUAUUUUGCUGACAGAGACUGCUGAGAAGCAAAAUACAACAAGUGGUCGCGGGUUGGCCCAGUGCGGUGAACGACAGUGUCAGCAUGAGUUCUGAGCAAGGAUCAGCAUCGGCAAAUGCUGCUGAUGUUUACGACUUCAACAACCACGAUGAUGGGAACAGCGGCAAUGACGAGCCACCUCCACCACCCCCAUCGAAGACGAAGGUCCGACGGGGUCGCAAUACAAACCAGCUUCAGUUUAUGCUGAAGACAGUAGUGAAGGCUGUAUGGAAACACCAGUUUGCUUGGCCCUUUCACAAACCUGUGGAUGCUGUGAAUCUGCAGUUACCCGACUAUCACAAAAUCAUCAAGACACCCAUGGAUUUGGGAACAAUCAAGAAGCGCCUAGAGUCAUACUAUUAUCACAAUGCCAAGGAAGCCAUGCAGGAUUUCAACACCAUGUUCACAAAUUGCUAUGUUUACAACAAGCCUGGAGAUGAUAUUACUUUGAUGGCGCAAGAAUUGGAGAAGCUUUUCCUGAACAAGGUUGCAGAUAUGCCUCCAGAGGAAAUCGAACUGUCCGUAGGUGGGAAGAGGGGUAGAGGAGGGGCCAAGGCUGUGGCUGCAGCUGCCGCUAGGUCAGCUCUGAAGAACCUCAAUUCAUCGGACAAGCCCGCUCUACCCAUGCCCAUUCCAAGGAGCACGCCUCCUCGCUCAGCCACUGCUCCUGCUUACCAGUCACCCUCUAAAGUUGCUCAGCUUGCAACGGCCAACGCUGCUGCAAGUUCCGUCGCUGUCACUGCUGCCUCUCAGACGGCCUCCAAACUGGCAAUGUCUGCGACAGUCCCACUAGAGGAUAUACAGCCCGCCGCUCAGGCCAUGCCGCCCGCUGUUCUCCCUCCAUCUCAACCGGCCAAGCCCAAAAAGAGUUUAAAACGCAAGGCUGACACCACAACACCAGGGAACAUCGUUGGACCUACAAACAUGCCACCCAUGAUGUAUGAUCCACCAUUUGAACCUAUGAAGAUUGGUGGCAAGGGUCAGCCAAACCGCAGAGAAAGUGUACGUCAAAUUAAAAAACCCAGACGAGACCUUCCCGAUGAGCAGGGAAAUGUAAGUGAUGCCAGUGCGACCCCCUUGUCCUUCAAUCGAAAAAAUGGAGACUUCAGUUCCAAGAUAGAUGGGAGCCUGGAAAUUGACGAGCACCUGAUUCCAUCGCGUCGUGACGCAUAUACUGAUGCUCAGCAUAGCACCAAAGGAAAAAAGGGAAAACUGUCUGAGCAGAUGAGGUACUGCAGCUCUAUUGUCAAAGAACUGAUGACCAAGAAGCAUCAGUCGUAUGCCUGGCCUUUCCUGAAACCUGUGGAUGCAGAAGGAUUGGGACUGCAUGACUACUAUGAUAUUAUAAAGAAGCCAAUGGACUUGGGCACAGUAAAGAAAAAGAUGGAGGACAGAGAAUACAGAAGUGCCGGGGAAUUUGCAGAAGAUGUGAGGCAGAUCUUUCACAACUGUUACAGAUACAACCCUCCGGACAGUGAUGUGGCCAAGAUGGGCAGAAAGUUACAAGAAGUAUUUGAGCUAAAAUAUGCCAGAAUGCCAGAGGAACCUGUGCAGACUGAUCCCACUCCACCUUCUUCUGUAGCCUCUGGGGUAACGAGAGGGGAUGAAGGCAGCGGGCUGUCUUCUAGCGGGGACGAUUCUUAUGAUGAUCAAAGUGAGGAAGAGCGGGAGAGGAAGCUGAAAGAUUUGCAAGAUCAGUUGGCAAAAGUUCAAGAGCAGUUAGCAGCUCUAACGAAAGAGCACGUCCAAAGACUGAAAGAAAAAAGCGAGAACAAGACCAAGAAGAAAAAGAAAAAGGAGAAAAAAGAUGAAGUAAAGAAAGAAGUCAUCGAUGCUGUCAAUCCGUCUCCACAAGUACCAGCGGCUUCAUUGCCACCCCCAGCUCUCACAAAAGACACUCCCAAGCCAAAGAAGAAAUCAAAACAGAAAUCUCCUGCUUCGAAAAAGCCUCGAAAUAACAGCAUUAACCGUGGAGGCUCAAAUCGCAAACGUUCAAAUGCAGUGUCACUGCCUGUGCCCAUUGUGCCACCGUUUGAUAGUGACGAUGAAGACAGUUGUAAACCAAUGACUUACGAUGAGAAACGGCAACUGAGCCUUGAUAUAAACAAGCUGCCAGGAGAUAAACUUGGAAGAGUUGUGCAUAUUAUCCAAUCCAGAGAGCCGUCCUUGAGAGAUUCAAAUCCUGAUGAGAUUGAGAUCGACUUUGAAACUCUGAAACCUUCAACACUCAGAGAAUUAGAAGAAUAUGUUAUGACGUGCUUGAAGAAAAAGCCACGUAAACAAUACACAAAGAAAGCAUCGGGGAAGUCGAAAGAAGAGGCCCAAAGAGAGAAAAAGCUUGAUUUAGAAAAGCGCCUGGAAGGUGUUCAGCAACAACUUGGGCAGACCAAAAAGCCAAAGAAAGAAGAUGGUGCUCCUGGUGGUGGUGAUAUUUCUGUUUCCAGUAGAUUAAGCGCCAGCAGCAGUAGCUCGUCUGGUAGUGAUUCAAGUAGUGACAGCAGUUCUUCCAGCUCAUCUGAAUCCUCCGACUCGGAAACAGAAUCUCCCAAAAAGAAACAAAAAGGAGCAUCGAAGAAGGCCAGUGCAGCUUUAAAGUCUAGUCCUCCGUCUGCUAACAAAAUCUCGGUGGGAGCCACAAACAGCAAAGAUAUAUCCCCUCCCAUCAGCGUCACGUCUCCUGUGAUUUCCAAUGCAUUCCCGAAAGUCCAGCCUGCCAAUCCGGGGACGUUGCCAGCCAUGAAGAAAGAGAGCAGCAGCCUGGCGGAGCUGAAUGCCACAGUCGGGGCCACAGAUACCUCCAGCUCCCCCAGCCUCAACCUGUCCACCACUUCCAACUCCUCCCCUCUCACUUCUGGUGCUAACUCUGUGAACCGCAGUGUGACCCAUGCCAUGCCUGCUCAGCCGGCCAAGCAAGCUCUCACGGUGGCCACGCCCAAGCCAGCACCCAGACCCAGCAUUCCCAUGACCAGUACCCCUGUGCCUGCCGCUGUGGACCGGCCCUUUGUGUCCACGCCUGGACUGGACAGCACCCCAGUGGCCAGCCUUCCUGGCAGGAGGCCCUCCAAAGAGGGCAUGCCAGUUAGCUUGCCCGAACAGCAACCUCCGCAGCAGCAGCAACAACAACAGCAACAACAACAGCAACAACAACAUCAAUCACGUACGGGAGCUGGGAUGGUAAAUCAGCCGCGUAAGAUCGACAACCAGAUGCGCUUCUCUCUAAGUGAUGAAGACUCUAGUCCAUGCCCGAGCCCCUCCAAGCCAGCCCCCCCGGCGCCCCCGGGAGCCACUGUGUCUGCCAGUGGUGUCGGUGUCUCGUACGGCAUCGGUUCCAACCACCAGAACAAUCCUCUCAAGCCUAAUGACGUGGAGAAUAAAACGCCCACACCUGCUGUCUCUCAGUCUGCUGGAAAGCCUGAAAUCAAGAUGAAUAAUGCCCAGUCGUGGAACUCCAUAGCUGCAGCCUGGCAGCAAAAGUCACAGUCUACCUUCCAGCAGUAUAAAAAAAUGAAUGAGAUGAAGCACCAAAAGGAAACGUUGUUGAAGAAGGCUGAGGAACAGAAGCAGAAAAUGGUGAAGGAGAGGCAAAGACAAGAAGAGGAGAAGAAAAGGGAAAGAGAAGAGGAAGACGGGAUUGAAGCAGCGAGAAAGCGGAAAAUGGAAGACGACAAGUUGGAGGAAGAAAGGAAGAAAAAGGAGAAGAUUGAGCAGAUGCGGAGAGCUGCUCAGCUGAAGAGAGAAGCAACUGCCAACCGGAUUGACAUGAAUGCACAGAACGAUCUAAUGGCCUCAUUUGAAGCGGCCUACAGCAACAGAGCCUAACACGGCAACCUGACACGGCGACCUGCUUGUCACGCUAUACAGGCUCAUGGGAUGUUGCUGGGUCUAUACAAGACUUUCUCGGGAAACUUUUUUUUUUUUUUUGUUGUAUACCUUUUGUCUAGUUUUGUGAAGUGUUGUUCCAGCACAAGACUUGUUUUUCUUUUUUGGAAUGGGAUUGUUUUGUGUAAAGUGCUUGAGCUUCUUGAAUACUCCCAACAUAGACGUGGCAGUUACAAAAUGUUUGGGUUUGUCCAUGUGUGGGCCACUGUGUGCAGACUGGUGUCCUUUUGGCAAUGACCAAAACAGAAAUCUGCUUGGCCUGAACAUUUUUUGGUUUUCAUUUGCACUCAGUGAUUCCAGGAUUUUUUACCCUUUGUGAAAUGUAAUGUGCGGUCCGUUAUGUUGCCGGGAUUCGGCAUUUGAUUUGUUUGGCUCCCAAGCGCUAGCCACAUUUGUCGAUCAUUCGUAGUUCUGUACACUUAAUCAUUUUCUCACGGGAAAGUUCUUAUGUGCUGAGCUUUUACUGUAAACCCGUCGUGUGUUGCGAACGACGGAAAGGUCCAGAUCUGUGGAAAUGUCCAGGGGGGAUGUGUAGGGGUCCUGUGGGAAUACAUUUGUUGACAGUUUAGUCUAGUCCAGGUGGCUAAAUAGUUGCUGAAGGAGGCGUCUCAUACAGGCGCUUUUUGGACGUUGCUGAUUGUCCAAUAGCUUCUGUUGGAACUAUUUGUGACCAAGGUUAGUGUUGAUGCUCAGUUGUAGUGGGAAUACAAGUCGGGCAUGCAUGUAGCCAAAUCAACAGGAAGUGGAGAUCCUUUCAUUUUGUAUGAAUUUCACUAUGUUAGUGAUUUAAAUACAAAUAAUAUAUAUGUGUAUAAAAAAAAAAAUGGGGAUCUGAAAAUGUGUAAGGUAUGUGUGUUUGACUAUUUGUGUGUGUGCUGUGUUUGGGCAAGACUGUAUGACACUGGUUUUGCUUGUGUGUAGUAUUCUGUUGUACAGAGUAUCAUAAAAGGUGGAAAAUAUCGAGGGAAA